CAAACAUUCUGUCCUAUUACAUACUCUUUUGAUAUUGUAUAUGUUUCUAUAUAAUGGACUCUAAUUUUCCGUAUACUAAUUGAUUCGUAUGUUCAAGGGAUAAGGCUUCGAUCAAAGAAUGCCAUCGAAAAAAUCAGACAAAUCCCCAUUUUGUCAUCGAUGUGAGGGUGCAAAGGUCGUACAUAAUGCCAGAUAUAAAUGUUUACAGUGUAAGGAGAAACUGUGUUCCGGUUGUGCGCAAAAUCACAUGAUUCUCAGGCUAUGUACAGAUUUUCGAAUAGUUGACAUGCGCAAUGGCCUAACAGUUGACUCCGUCUUCAGUAUAGAGCCAGACAAUGACCAAUCAAUAGAGAUGGAAAGAUCAAAAGAAGAUCAUAAACAGAAGACAACAGAAACUCCACAUCGAGUAGUGCGGACAUUUGGAAAACCCAUUUUACAACUUACCAUGAGGAAGUCGAAUAAGAUAGAAAUACCAAUUACACAAGAAUCGGGAUGUUUUCCUAAAUAUUCCUUCCCAGCUUUAAAAGAAGACAACAACCAUACAUGGAGAAAGGCUGAAAUCCUUGCAAACAUAGAGUCUUCUGCCAAAGGUGACUUCAAUGAAAAUGGCGACUUCUUUCCUGUUUCUUCUCACGAUGAAAGCAAAGACAGAACUUCAAUACUAAAGCGAAGUAGUUCAUUUAAAUCUGACACUCCAAAUAGUUUAUGGUAUAUUGAAACACAAAGAUCUUAUUCGUCAGCACCGCAAAAGAAAGAAGUUCGCUUCAAUACCUCAAAGAACACAAUGAAUACAAUUUCAGAGGAACCUAAAGGAAUACUACGUGAAUACAGCAAUAAUUUUUAUCUUGCUAUGGGGAAACAGAAAUCUAAGAAAAUCAGCGAACCGUCAAAGUCUUCUUAUUUACCAGUAAAGAAAUUGAAAAAGAAUACACCCACGGGUUUAUCAAUGGUGAGUCAGAGCUCUAUUGUGAUUGAACAACACGAGAUAGCAGGAAAGAUAUCAGGUGUUUUAUUUUUAAAUGAUAAUUACCUAGUGGUAAUAGACAGGCUGAAUCAUAAAAUGAAAGUGUUCAGCGCUCGCGAAAGGUACAGAAUGGUAGUGGAUGUGAAAAUUCCGAAAGGUUCGUGGGGUGUGACAUCACCCGAAGAUAAUAUCAUAGCCAUGACGUGCAGAUGCAAAAUAAUUUUCUAUGGCUUGUUUGAAACACCAACCCCAAGGUAUGAAAAGCCACAAGACCCGUAUGUUCAGGCUCUUGACGUAGAGUACCGACUUCGUGCUACUUGUUAUGGUAUAUCGUUUUGUGAAUCACGUGAUUUGUUCUUUGUCGCCUGCAAUGUGUUCUUUUCUGAUCCAUGCAUAUUUAUUGUGGACACAAAAGGAUAUACCCAACAAACAAUUCGAACAAUUGACGAUGGUAUAUCUCCGUCCAUACCGUUCACUGAAACAUUAGCAGUAGACUCCGAAAGAGGAGUGAUGUAUAUCGGUGAUCGAAUGGGCAAAAGACUUGUUUGUGCAACGUAUGAAGGACAUCAUGUAUGGAACGUUCAAUUAGCGGGAAAACCAGUAUCAAUAGCGUGUGAAAAUGAGCAUAUUCACGUGUGCGUUGACGGAAGAGUUAUAAGUACGAUUCACAAAGAUGGCCGAUUACUUAAGAAUAGUAUCCUCCUGGACUUAGAUGGUAGACGUAUAUGUUAUCACGAACAAUCGAAUCAGCUGGUUGUCUUAACUAAAGCCUUCUGGGGAGUUAGUCAUUUCAUACAGGUUUAUCAACUAUGAUUUUUGU